AUGCCUCCCGCUAAACGCCAUCUUGGGUUCAUCGACCUCACCGGCGAUGACGAUAACUCCAACCCUCCGAAGAGGCAGACGCCAACACCAACGACAUCGGAACUCUCCAGGGCACCGUAUCGAUCAGAGGCAUACUCCCUUCCUGCCAACCCUCAUAAUGUUGCUGCCUUUGGAACUUCGCAGGAUGAUGCACAACAUCGACGACCUGCUGCCUACACGACACAGACGGUGGAGCCGGAUGCAUUCGAUUUGACGCAAGAUGAUGACGGACCGCCUAGUGAGCUGUACUGUACUCUCGAAUGCAAGAUUGUGGGUAUCAGAUUCUACAAUGGAUAUGCCUGUCCUGGCGAGAUUGUGCUCUGCCAGAGACAAGCCGACAAUCAGUACGACUCGAAUGCCAUACGUGUAGAUAACGUCAUGGGCCACCAGAUCGGUCACCUACCGCGCAAGCUAGUUGAGAAGCUCGCGCCUUAUAUUGUAGGUCUCCUGAUGCGCUUCUUCAGGACCACAUCCGACCGAGGGGACAUCACCCUGGAAGCCCAACUCACUGGCGAAAAGGGAAUGUUCGAGUGCCCGGCGAGGCUGGGCCUGUAUGGCCCCAGCGAUGUCAGACGUCGUGCCUCCAUCGAGGCCUCCCUGAAGAAAGACAAGCUCGCCAGGGCGACGCAGCUUAAGAAGACCAAGGCCGAGAUCGACAGGAAGCGCAUAGUGGGCCUUCAUAAUGGCGGGUCCACCGCCGGCUUCAUGCCCACGGCCACAGAAGCCGAUGCGCAACAGGCAACCCUGUCCGUCGAGGAGCUCGCCAGGAUUAGCGAGGCCGUCGACAUGAGGCAGGGAGACAGUGACCGGUUCAAGGCGCUGGCGAUGGGUGAGAAGGAGCUAUCCAGGAUGCCGAUGGGUGUGCAACCCCCGCAGCUCAAGUCGACUCUAUUGCCGUAUCAGCUUCAGGCCCUGUACUGGCUGAUAGAAAAGGAGGACCCCAAGUUGCCGGAGAGGGGUUCAUCCGACACAGUCCAGCUCUGGAGACACCAAGCCAAUGGACGUUACCGCAACGUAGCAACCGACUACUGUCCCAUCAGCCCGCCCGUGCUCCUCUCCGGCGGUAUCCUGGCCGACGACAUGGGACUCGGCAAGACGCUCGAGAUGAUCAGCCUGAUCCUGACGCACCCCGACGGCCGCAGCGAAGACGGGCCCACGCUCAUCGUCGCCCCCGUCAGCGUCAUGAGCAACUGGGAACAGCAGAUUCGUCGACACGUCCUGCCCGACCACCAGCCCCGCGUCAUCGUGUACCACGGUCAGAAGAAGCCCCCGCCGGGGACCAAGCUGACCGACUAUGACGUCGUCAUCACCAGCUACGGGAAGCUCACGACCCUCGACCCGGCGCUGUUGUCCGCCGACGUCGAGUGGCGUCGCCUCGUUCUCGACGAGGGUCACAUCAUUCGCAAUGCCAAGACGAAGAUGGCCCUCGCUGCGUGUAGAGUCAGGGCUAAAUCUCGAUGGGUCCUAUCUGGAACUCCAAUCAUCAACUCCGUCAAGGACCUCCACUCCAUCAUCAAAUUCCUCCGCAUAACGGGAGGAAUAGAGAAGCUCGAAAUCUUCACCACGGUGGUGACGCGCAAGUUAGGAGACGGCUCGGGCGUAGGGGAAGCUCUCCUCCAGGGCAUCAUGCGUGACCUGUGCCUCCGUCGUCGUAAAGACAUGUCCUUUAUCGAUCUCAAGCUCCCCGAGAAGAAGGAGUUUAUUCAUCGCAUCAGCUUUCGGGAAGAAGAGAAGCGAAAAUACGAUGCUCUACUAGCCGAGGCCAAGGGCGCCCUCGAACAGUUCAACUCUGCAACCGUAGCGGCAGAUAAGUCAAGGGGUCGCUUCACCAAUGUCCUAGAACGGCUUCUCCGUCUUCGUCAGAUCUGCAAUCACUGGACCCUGGCCAAAAAUAGGGUAGAUGAAUUGAUGAAGCUGCUCUCCUCGGACGGCGAUGUCGUCGAGCUGACAGACAAGAACCGCCGCCUCCUUCAGCAGGCUCUGACCCUGUACAUCGACCAGCAGGAGGACUGCGCCAUCUGCUUUGACGGUACCACGUCCCCCGUCAUCACCCACUGCAAGCACGUCUUUUGCCGCUCGUGCAUCACCCGCGCCAUCGAGCUCCAGCAUAAGUGCCCCAUGUGUCGAAACCCACUCGACCAGAGUCAACUUCUAGAGCCUGAGCCUGAGUCAUCAUCAUCCCCCGAUGCAGCAGCAGCAGCAGCAGCGGACCCCUUUGAUCCGGAGAUGCAGAGCUCCAAGACGGAAGCGAUGCUGCAGAUCGUCCGCGCCACGGUGCAGAAACCGGCCUCCAAGAUCAUCAUCUUCUCCCAGUGGACCUCCUUCCUCAACAUCAUCCAGACCCAACUGGUCGCCUCGCGCAUCAAAUGCGCCCGCAUAGACGGGUCCAUGACGACCGACAGCCGGGACCGGGCGGUCGACGCCCUCGACAACGACCCCGACACUCGUGUCCUGCUCGCCAGCCUGGCCGUCUGCAGUGUCGGUCUCAACCUCGUCUCUGCUGAUACCAUAAUUCUAGCAGACAGCUGUGUGUUCCACCAUCUGAUUGCUCAUGAUGCCCACCGCCCCCUUUCGAAACAGAGCACUGACAAACAAGACAUAGGGUGGGCCCCCGCCAUCGAGGAUCAAGCCAUCGACCGUGUCCACCGUCUGGGUCAGACGCGCGAUACUACGGUGUGGCGUCUCGUCAUGGAGGGCACGGUCGAGGAGCGCGUCCUGGAUAUCCAGCUUGAGAAGCGCAAGCUCGUCGACAAGGCUUUCCAGGAGCGGAGGGGCGCCAAAGAGGCAAAGACGACGCACGUCGCUGAUGUACAAAGACUUCUCGCUUGA